UUGUUGUUUGUAUUUUCGUUUGCUCUCCGAUUCGAUACAGAAGUGACCGUUUGUGGAUUCCUCGAUGGAAAUGAGAAUAUUAAUUUUUCUUUGCGUUACGUUUAGUUUUUCGAUUAUCAGUGCAACACCGACUACGACCGUGCACUACCUACAACCGGAUGGCGUCAUCGCGUACAAACCUGAUCCUUCCCGAAUUUAUCGACCUGGCCUGCGAACCUACUGCUACCGUGGAAUCGAAAAACAACUAAUCCAUCUGUUUCAAACCAUAAUUUUGAAUUUCGACUGUGACCAUGAUGAUUUCAGUCAGUAUGAGGGAGGCUCGCCGGAGGAAGUCCGAUCGCACCAUGAAACCGAGCAGAGCUUGUUUUCCUUCAAUUUGCUGUCGAACAACCGAAAACGGGUAAUUAAACUGGACCCGUUUAACCAAAGCUGUAUCGGAGUGGUUUCCAGUGAUCAGUAUACCGUCCGGCUCAGUUUGAUCCGAAUCGAUUUCUGGAAAGUGAUUUUGCUGGGAAUAGGAAUAUUCGUUUUUCUGUCGGCUGCAAAGAUGAGUGACAAUGCUCUGUUUUACUACAUUUGUGGAAUUUGUUUGGGAGUUUUCGCAAGCUUUCUGGUGGUGGUUUAUAUGGCCAGUAAGUUGUUUCCUCGCAAACCGAUGAUGUACGGCGUGAUGUUGGGUGGAUGGACAUUGGGGAUUUAUUUCGCUCAAAUGCUGAUCGACAAUGUGCGAAUAAUAUUUGUAACGUACCAGGUUUACGUGUUCUGGUAUAUACUCACGACGGGUUUCAUCAGUUUUGUUAUCUGCUACCGAAUGGGACCACCGAAGAACCAACGUAGCAAGGACCUGAUAAAGUGGAGCCUACAGUUAGCCGCUCUAGGGGCAAUCUUCUUUUCGUCUGCCUUUCGGGAAGCAUCGACCGGGAUAUGCAUUGCUAUCAUCAUUUGCUACUACUUCCCCAGAAGCUUUCUGUACAGAAUUCGGUCUAUCUAUAGACGACGGUUUCCACCGAAAAGACGGCUAUUAACAAACGAAGAAUAUUAUGAGCAGGGUGUACGGGAAACUACAAAAGCAUUGGAUGAACUGAGAGCCUACUGCAGUAGCCCACAAUGCAAACAAUGGAACACAGUUUUAAAGCUCAAAGACCCAUCUCGGUUCGCCUCGUUUAUGGAAGGCUCAUCUCAUCUGAUAGAUGAUGAAAUUCUGGAAUAUGAAACCUCCAACGCACAUAUGGACAUCAGUGACGAUGAAAAUGAUGAAAUCGAAAAUGGAGAAAGCGACGAACCGAUGCUACGAGACGACUCCGAGGAUGAAGAUGUUCAACGAUAUCGUCAGCAAGCGAGGAUCACGCCUUCGCGAGAACCAGCAUAUCGGAAGUUUGCUCAACGACCCAAUCAAAACGGAGGACGCAGUCUGGCGAGUACAAGUACUCCGACUAGUAUGACUGCUAGAGUGCUGAAUGGAACCAAACGGAACAGUCGCAGCAGACAGCACACACCCACAGCACCGUUGCGCAACGAAGUAGAGUUCAGCGAAGACGAAGAUUAAAUCGCUGCCUCUCUGGUCAAGAUCAAUUCACUUAUUUUGAUUAGGAAUCUGAAUAUUUAUUAAAAUACAGUUAUUGUA